GGCCCCCCGGAAACACCGCCCGCGCUCCCGCCGUGCCGGCCAUGGCGGAGGAGGAGAAGGGGGAGCAGGAGGCGGCGGCCUUGGCCUGGAUGGACCAGGCCCUCGAUGUGGCUAACGAGGCGCUGGAGAACGGGGAGGUCCCGGUCGGCUGCCUGGUGGUGUACAACGGGGAAGCCAUCGGCAGGGGCAGGAACGAGGUCAACGAGACGAAGAACGCUACUCGACAUGCAGAAAUGGUGGCGAUCGACCGGGUCCUGGAGUGGUGCAAGCAACACAACAGAGAUUACACAGAAGUGUUUCCCCAGUCGGUGCUGUACGUGACUGUGGAGCCUUGCAUCAUGUGUGCAGCUGCCUUGCGCCUGAUGAAAAUUCCACGGGUCAUCUAUGGCUGUCGAAAUGAGCGAUUUGGAGGCUGUGGCUCAGUUCUGAGCAUCUCAUCCGAUGAUAUGGUAGACUCCGGAGAACCGUUUGAAUGUGUUUCUGGCUAUCGUGCCAAAGAAGCCGUGGAAAUGUUAAAAGCUUUCUACAGACAAGAAAAUCCCAAUGCACCAAAAUCGAAAGUACGGAAAAAGGACAAUCGUAAGUAGCCCAACGCUGAUGGGAGACAGAAGCUAACCAAGAAAUUAUGCAUGAAGGUUUCUUCAGUGUCCUUCUUUUUUAAAAUAUACAGUCCAAUGAAACUAUGUAUAAUGUUCUGUACAGUUUUUACUAGUAGGAUAAUACCUGUUCCUGCAUUUCCAUGUAUGUGAUUUCUUGUUAUCAUACAUGACCAAGCAGAAGAAUAA